UGAGCAUUCAUUCAACGCUUAAGCCAUUCAGUCAUUCAUUUCAGUCAAUGCUUUUCAAUGUCUCUCACAUUUUGAGCCAUAGUUUUUUCAAAUGCUUUUCAAAUAAUUAACUGUUUUCACAAUUAAUUGUUCAAAACAUACACACAAUCGUCCACUAAAUCAUUCAUUUCACUGACAAAAUCAUUAAUAUAUCAAAUGUUUUAUCGAUAAAGUGAUGACAAACUCCACACAAACUUCAAGUUAAUGUGUCUUUGAUUUGAAAGUUAAUACAAAUUGAAUGAAUGAUUAAGUGAUGCCAUAUAUGGCUAUUGAUGUCAAUUGAAUACAAGUGUGUUCUGUAUGUGAAGACAUUUCUCAGACAAUAAUUAUCCGCUUUUGUCAACAAUUCAUACAUAAGGAGUGAAAACCCAUUUUUAAAGACACCAUGACUUCCAGUGAAUUGGAUGAACACUUGGAUCACUUAAUUCACAUCACAUCCGAUGAAUACCAGUAUUUGGACUCAACAGACAAUUGGCUCACAUUUGACUCGGACUCGACUCUA